AUGACGAGAUCUCUAUCUUCCACUUCCAUUCUUCUCUCUUCGUGCCUAAUCCACGUUGUUCAAUCCCGCACAUUCACAGUAACAAACGAAUGCAGAUAUACGAUAUGGCAAGUCAUAUACACAGACCUUAACGUUGCAAGCGAUGUCCCUUCAUUCCCAACUGGUUGGGAGGCUCCUCCCACCAACUCUGUGACGUUCUUCGUUCCAGAUGACUGGAAAUCGGGUCGGAUUUGGGGUCGCCGAGGCUGCGAUUUCUCGACAAAUCCUGGUGCCGAUUCUUGCCUAGAUGGUGGAUGCAAUGGAGGCCUUGAAUGCUCUACGACAGCUGGGACUGGUGUGCCUCCGGCAACUCUGGCAGAAUGGACUCUGCAAGCCUCGAGCAAUCUCGAUUUCUACGAUGUAUCCCUGGUGGAUGGCUACAACCUUCCUAUCGCUAUAACGACUAACGUCAAUUGUGAGGUGGCGGGUUGUGCCGUUGACCUUGGUCCAAACUGCCCUUCUGAGUUGGCAGGGCCGACCAACUCCUCAGGAGCGGUGGUGGGAUGCAAGAGUGCAUGUUUAGCCAAUUUGGACGGCGAUUCCAGUGACUCGGCCAACUGCUGCUCUGGCAGCCACUCCACCGCUGCAACCUGUCCACCCAACGACGUUGAUGACUAUAGCUACUUCAAGGAGAAUUGUCCGAGGACCUACGUUUAUGCCUACGACGAGAGCAGCGGCACCGCUCUCUGGACGUGCAAUUCCAGCCUCAAUGCCGACUAUCAAGUGACCUUCUGUCCGUACGUGCCUUGUUCCACGUAUUGCAGCUUUGUCCCCGAAUCCAUGUUUUCCUCUCACGCAAACUUCUUUCUCGAAUGUUUCUUUCCAUUCCCCGGACGGCAUCCGCGGCACUUCUAA